UUCUGCUUUCCUUCAUUCCUAGGAAGUGAAGCACAUGACCCGAGCCAGCUGAUGUCCAAUACUCGUGCAAAGUUCUGUGCGCUCCGAGUAGAUUAGCGACUUGAGGGGCGGUUGGACUUUUGAUGCUGGAGAUCGGCUACAGUGACUAACCACUUUUGAUACAGCAGGUCUUGGCUUGGCAAUAGCGAAAUGGCCACAGAGAAACAUCGUAAAGGCUAUCGAGUUGGAAUACAGCAACAAGGCUGACAGCGCUUUCUGAUUUUGACGUUAUUUUGAAAUGGAACAGCGGACACAGGACCCAGUGGGAGAGGCUGUGACGAGGGUCAACAGAGAGACCGGGGAGCUGAGUGCGUCCGGGGAGUUGGCUCUUCCAGUCCAGACGGCAGAUAAGCUGGAGGGGGCUGAGGACCUCCGGGCCCCACGGGGGCCGCUGCUGAAGGCUCUGACCCAACAGUUACACGAGCUGAGGACUGCUGCUGGGCCCGGCCCCGACCACAGCCAACGGGAGCGCCUCCUGGAGGCCCUGGCUCUCUACAGACAGCUCGGUGGGGCUGGCGUCCGGGCCGAGGGACUGGACCUCAGCGGGCUCCGUGCGCUCGCGUCUGAAGCCGCGGUGCUGGACAUCAACAGCCGACUGACUGAGAAACCCGCAGAGGAGGCUCGUCACGAGGUGGUGGAAUUCUUCCAGAAGGUCGCUCCUGAGGCAGACACCCCAGCCAGAGCCAACCCAGGGUGGCUCCUCCUGGACUCCCUGCAGUCUCUGCUGGCCGCGGAGAGCUCGGAUGUCUUGUCGAGGAUCAAGCCGGACCUCCCAGCUGCGCUGGUGAAGUGUCUCUAUCUGCUGGUGUGCCUCCCAGCCAGGAACAACAGCGCUCCCAAGGAAGAGACCUUCCAGGACCUUCUAACACAGGUGCUCCUGCAGCUCUGCAGGGCGCCCGCGUGCGUGGAGACGAUGGUGGACACCCAGGAGCUGCAGUGUCUGAUGAUCGGCCUGACGUCUCUCUGGGACCAGACCAGCGGGCCCUGGAGGCUCCAGGCCUCCCGCGUGCUCAGGGCUGUGUCGGCCGCACGGCCACGCAACAUCGUCCCGGCCCUGCAAGCCAGGAACAGCGUGAGGCUGUGCCUCCACAACCUGCAGGUGAUCCUGGCGGAGGUCCCGGGCCCGCUGCUGGCCGAGGUGGCCGUGGCCGUGCUGGGCUUCGUGGCGGACAGCUACCCCCUCAGCCCCGCCCUGUUCCUGGAGUUCGAGGCCAACGGCGGCUACGUGGCCAUCGAGAACAUCCUCAGGCGUUGUGAGUCGGGUGUGAGUGCGGACCAGUUCCAGCCGGUGGAAGACCUGCUGUCGCUGGUGGCGUCCCUCACGCUGUGUGGGAAGGCGGAGAUCAAGGUGGCCCUGUGCGUCAGCAACCCCCAACCCCCGGGCUUCAAGUUUGACCCCCCACUCACUAAAGGUUCUGAGGUGAAGAACCUCCAGGCCUUCAUGCUGCUGCAGGGCUCCAUGCUGCGGUCGGAGGACGCGGCGCUGGGCUGCGCCGUCCUCCGGACCGUCAGGAGGAUCUGGGAAUGGAGCCAGGCCAACUUCUUCCUCCUGGAGUGGAGCCUGCAGCCGCUGGCCCAGUUCGCCUCCUGUGUCUGGAGGAAGCCCGCGCCGGUCCACGCGCUGUUCUUCUCUCUGCUGGAGAUGGUCAUAUUUCAGCUGAACUACAUCCCCCACGAGACCUUGCGGGCCUUGCUGGCGGUGCUGAACCAGAGCUGGACCGGGGCGCUCGUGUCCGGAGGGGAGUUCCAGCUGGCUGCUCUCAGCUGUUUCCACGGCCUGGCUGUGAGGAGCGGCCUCCUGGCCGAUGUCCUGAGUGAAGGAGGUCUGCUGGAGCACCUCCUGGGAGAACUACGCCGGAGAGCCAAGAUCCUGAGGAAGGCCGGUGUGGCCCCGGCCGCCCCAACAGGGGACCUGAAGCCUUCGUCGUGCGUGGAGGAGGGUGAGACGGCGCUCACCGGCUGCAUGCUGGAGGUGGUGGCUUCCUUUACGCUGCGCUCGGUCCGGAACACAGUCACGGUGCGGGACCGGGGCAUGCUCCCGUACAUUAAGAUCUUCGUGGACGCCGAGCGGUACCGGGCCCCCACCCUCAGCAUCCUGGAGCAGCUGGCGGAGGUGAACCCCGAGGAGUUCAUGAGCACGGCCGUCGGCGCGCUGUGCUCGUCCACGCAGCAGGAGCUCGGCCUGAAGAGGGACCUGCUGCAGUCGGUGCUGAGGGUGAUAGAGAGCCCCCACAGCUGGGAUGCCUUCAGGCGGGCGGGGGGCUUCACCGGGCUGCUGUCCCUGGCGGUGGACAUGGAGGGGGCCCUCUGCCACCCCCCCCAGGGCCCCGUGUGGGACAGCCUGAACCAGCAGGCCGCCCUGGACAUCCUCCUCUCCACCCUCCACAUCCUGGCGCUGGCCGUGUGCCUCCACCCCGUCAGCGCGCACCACUUCCACACCGGCGGCUUCUACGAGAAGCUGGCCGACGCCCUGCUCCAGCUGGGCUGCUUCCAGAGGGCGCGGCCCGGCCCAGGGGCCCGCCGGCGGCCUGGGCGCCGCUCCCCUGACGCCCCAGAGUACAAACCCUCCCGCGGGGUCAGCUUCCAUAAGUUUGUCGAGCUGGCGGAAAAACCCGCAUCUGCUCCUUCUUCUUCUUCUUCUUCUUCUUCUUCUUCGUCUCCUCCCGCGGCCGGGGGGGCGGGGCCCGUCCUGCCCCCCACUCUGCGGACCUGCCUCAGGCUGCUCUCCUCCCUGGACCAGUUCGCCACGGGGACGUACUGCGCUCCGGAGGCGGCGCCGGCGCCGGAGGCCGAGGUCAAGCCGAGGGACGGGGAGGUCAAAGGGCAGGCGGGGACGGACACGCUGAACGGCGGCCCGGAGACAGGCGGGACGUCCCAGGACCACGGCGCCGGGUGGCCCAGACGCCCCAGCACGUCCCUGGUCUGCUCCGAGUCCCAGCUAAGGUUGACCUGCGACCAUACCAUCGUUAACCCUGGGGCCAUCCGGGUUAUCAUCAGCCUCCUGCCCUCCAUAUUCACCCCAGAGGACCCUGAGCUCUCGAUGGAGGUCCAGUACUCGGUGGCCCAGCACAUCCAGGCCAUGGUCAAGUCGGAGCGCAACCGGCAGGUCAUGUGCGAGGGGGGGCUGGUCUCCACCCUCCUGGCCCACUGCGGUGGCAUACUGCUGGAUACCCUCCACCCGCUCAGCAUGCCCAUCACGCGCAUCCUGGAGAAGCUGGCGUCGCAGGCCAUCACGCUGCCCGACUUGAGGGCUUUCCUGUGUUUAGGGGACCCUCUCGUGUGUUUGAAGGAGAAAACGGCCAGAAUCUCUUCCAAGGAGCGUCAUGUGCCUCCUCAGUCUACCUCAAACGAGGCGGACGCGCCCGGCUCCCCCGGCGCCGCCCCGGCCGGCCAGGCUCUGCAGCGCUCCUUCAGCCUGCUGAGCUCGCCGUCCGAGGGCUGCACGCUGCCCCUCCACCACAUGGUCAGCCUGGUGUCCAUGACCUCGCCGCGCAGCUCCAGACCGCACCGGCUGUCCUCCUCGCCCGCCUUCGUGGAGUUCGACAUGACCGAGAGCGGAUACGGCUGCCUGUUCCUGCCCUCGCUGGCCACAGUGAAGGGAGUGAACGCCGACGCCAUCCCGACAGGAGGAGUGGGAGGAGAGUGCCGCGGGUUCCCCCCGGCGGCGGGCCUGUCCUACUGCUGCUGGUUCCAGAUCAUCCGCUUCAGCUCCGCGUGCGACUCCCACCCCGUCCGCCUGCUGAGCGUGGUGCGCCACAUGUCGCGCUCGGAGCAGCAGUACGUCUGUCUGUCCGUCUCCUUCUCGGCCCACGACGGAUGCCUGGUCGUCUCCACGGAGGAGGAGGCCUUCACCUUCCUCGACAUGAUGGAGCCGGAUGUGACCACGCCCACCUCCCUUCCUGUGUCGGUGCGACUCCGCUGCCCCGGGGCGCUGACCCCAGGUCAGUGGCACCACCUGGCCGUGGUCCUGGCCAAGGACCUCAAGAAGAGCUGCAAGCUGAACGCCUACCUCAACGGCAAGCCUGUUGGGUCGGCCAAGAUGCGCUACGUCCAGCCGUUCCCGGGCAGCCUCGUCUCCAUGGACCCCGCGGCGGUGGUGGACGUGUGCGCGUUGAUCGGAACGCCGUCGGUCUGGAAGGAGCACGCGGCGCUGGUGUGGCGCGUGGGGCCCGCGUACCUCUUCGAGGAGGUCCUGAGUCCGGACGCCGUGGGCAGCGUCUACGCCCAGGGCACGGGUUACCUGGGCAACUACCUGGCCCUGGAGAACACUGGGCCCGAGGCCGAGGCUGUGACCCCGCCCCUCAGGCUUGUCACCGAGGAGAGGAUCUCGUUUGGCAUCAAUCCAGCUGUUACCACGGUGACCACCGUCGCGCAAAUCAGGGAUGACUUUAACGAGGUGGACGGCAGACUCAUCGCCAAAGAGAUAGGAAUAGCGUCCAGGGACCAAUCGACCCCCGUGCUGCUGGUCCAGAACAUCAGCCAGCACCUCAACGGCACGGCCCGCACCAUCGGCGCGGCGCUGGUGGGACGCUUCGGCACGCGGACGUUCAGCCCCACCAGCGCCUCCGACGGCUUCCUGUACGCCGGCGGGCCGCAGGUGAUCCUCAGCCUCAUCGCCAUGGCGCCCGACGACGGCUCGCUGUACGCCGCGGUGAAGGUUCUCGUCUCCGUGCUGGAGACCAACGGCGUCAUGCAGCAGGAGAUGAGCCGCAUCAGCGGAUACCAGCUGUUGACGUUCCUGCUGAAGAUGAAGGGCAGUAUGGUCAGCGGGAGAACGCUCCAGCUGGUUCUGUAUCUCUGCCGCUACGUGGAGCAGGGCCCCGGGUCGGACUACCUCUACAGCGCAGCGGCCUUCAGAUCUCUGCUCUGUAACUUGGAGAUGUGGCACAACUCCGCUAAUAAUCUGGACCUGUCGGUGCUCAGUCACUUAGAUGACAUCUUAAAGGCCUCAAGUGGGGAUCGGGCUGUGGUCAUGCGUGGUGAAGGCCUGCUGCAGAAGCUUCUCUUCCUGCUCUGUGACCCCGCUGUCACCGUUAGAAAAGUCAAGCUCGUCACGGGCAUCAUCACACGUCUCCUCAGGGAACACUUUGCAACCGGAGACAUAUCCAGACUCGGGCUCUUCCUGGUCUACAGCCUCCCGCCCCCCCGAUCGUCAGAGAGCUGUGAUUGGAGCUCUGACAGUGGGGUCCUUGAAAAGGACAUAGCAAGCCCUUCUCUGAUACGGAACCAGCUGUUACUCUCCCUCUGUGAACUCAUCUCAGACAACUCUCUGAAUGUAGAGCAACAGGAGAGCCUGUUCCUAACGCUGGGCCAUGAUUGGUUCCUGCUGUUCCUGCAGCCGCACCUGCACCCCUCCACGGUGCAGCUGGGUCUGGUGCUGCUCAGCCACCUGCUGGCCCACCCCAGCCAGCUGGACGGCUUCAGGGAGGGGGUGCUGGCCGGCCCCCUCACAGAGCGCCCGGAGGAGCCCCUCGCCCUCAUGGACAACCUGCGGGCCCAGUCCUCGUCCUACGAGUGCGUCUGCGCCACCUGUCCAGGCUUCGACGUCCUGCAGAGCCUGCUGGUCGGCCACGCCCACCUGCCCCAGGUGUACGGGGCGCUGGCCGCGCUGCUGCUGGGGAAGAAGGCCCGCCACGCCCCCGAGGGACAGCAGACGCUGGACGACAUCCUGCAGGCGGUCAUGGACGACCCAGCAGGGGCCAGUGGACAGCAGCUGUGUCCCGAGGCUGCUGAGAUGCUGCUGGAGCUGGUGAAGGUCGUCAUGACCCUGCCCAUCCAUUCUCUGGGCGACCAGUCACCGGGCCCUGUUGCACCCUGGGAGUUGCAGUUUCCCGGGAGUGUGAUGCAGUUCCUCUGUCUGCUCCAUAACCGCAGACCCAAAGACCCUCUGUGGUCGUCUGCAGAGUUCCUCCACACACUGGCGGGCGUUGUGUUCCCCGUCGAUGUCCCUGAGCACGGGGGUGAACCCCACGAGGUCUCCCCUCAUGGGGGGGGCGAGGAGGAGUGGGACAACGGGAUCCAUCCCACCAGGAAGCAGGUGUGUGACUUCAUCCGCAUCCUGUUGAUGGACAGCCUGCUGAACGUCCCCGCGAGCCCCCAUAGCACACACCCCGUGCUGCUGCUACUGGAGUUUUCCCCUGCAGGCGCGUCCCUGGACCAGAGGCAGAGCUUCCAGACGGAGCUGCAGGAGUUCCUCAUGGAGAUCAUCUACAUGGUCAGCAGCGAGGAGGAGAACCCCACCCACCUCCACCCACAAGACACGUCGAUGGCCGUACUGAUGGAGAACGUGGUGGUCUUCGGGAGGACCCUGGUGCAGCAGCUCUAUGGGGGUAUGUUCCUGGGAGAGCCGGAGAACCUGCUCGACUUCCUCGCUGACCAGAUUGUCGUGGCCCUGGAGAAGGGCCAGUCCCACCGCGAGAAGACCGUGUCGGCCCUCUACUCCUGCACAAACAAGGUCCUGCUCUACUUCCUGUCUCACCCGCAGCGCUCGCAGUCGGAACAGGAAGUUGUCAUCAAAACACUGCAAGCCCUGACCUCGCGCUGGGACGUGCUCAUGGCGACGUACAACGGCAACGUGUCCUUCAUCACCUGCGUCCUCUACUGUCUGCAGCUGAUACAUUCCGGCAGCUACCCCGAAGGUUUCGGCUGCGAGGUCCAGACCAGACACAAGAGGAGACGCAGGCUGUUUUCACAGGUGUUUCAUUUUAACAGCAAACGCGCCGCAGCGCUGCGCGGCCAGCGAGCGGACUCUGACCCAGCUGGAAGCGCUCUUCUGUGGUUGGUGCAGACCUGCUGGUGUAAGGUCAUGACGGAGAGGCAGCACUUCCUGGAGGAGGCCUACAAGAUCGAGAUCUCGGCCAAUCAGACGACGGGGCCGGAGCCCCCCGGCGUCGGCGACGUCAGCCCCUUGUGGGAGGAGACUAUGAACAAAGCCUGGCAGAUCUACACGGGUCAGAGCCACGAUGAGGGCCCAUGUGGGGCUCAUACACACCUACGCUGAGCGGAGGAAGCUGAGCAGCGUGCAGCAGAGGAAGCCGGGGCUGAUCAGUACGGCGGUCCGCUCUGUGCUGAGCCGCCUGGGGAGGGGGGCCGCCUCCGUACAGGUAGCGCACGCACGCG